CACCACUUAGUUUGUCCCGGUCAAACAUUUCCCCUUUUUUUUUACCCCAGACAAUCACAAAUUCAAAGACGCCAUUUCCCGACUAAGAGGUGUCCGCUUCACUUUCCUCGCAAAAGCGAUAUUUUUUUUGUUUUGGGGGGUCCAUUGAGCGACACAAAAAAGGGGGCAGCUGCUCAGAGGAACUUGUGAAGAGCCAUCGGCGCGACCCGGCGUAAUAAACAAACCUCCGGCAGCGCGAAGCUCCAGCAGCUCGGCCACAGCCAGAGACGGACGCGGACCCCGAGAAGGUGGCACGCACACGGCUAACGCAGUCACAAACCACCCCUCGAAACGGCCUUUCCCGCCCGCGGAACCGGCAAAUACCCAGGUGACGGCUGUGAGCGCCCGCCGCACCGCAGCGCAGGAGAGUGUGUGUGUCUGUCCCUCACCCGGCGAGAUGGUGAAGGCCCAGCACAGCAGGAAGAGCUCCCUCUGUCUGCGCAGACAGACUUCGGGUCGGAUGGAUGCAGAGCUAGAGGAGGAGAAGCCCAAGAGAGGAUCCCCCUCCCCGGACCCGCCCCAGCCCAAGGCCCAGGCUCCGGUUACGGCCUCCCCUGAGAGCCAAGCGCAGGAAUGCAGUCCAGAGGGGAACCCCGAGAAGGGGGACUGUUCUGGGCAGACCAAGGCCCUCUGGAAGCCUAUCCCCCCACUACAGCCCCAGGAUGGCCCUGGCCACGCCACCAAAGACCAGAGCUGCCAGACAGAGGAGAGGCUUCAAGACAGCCAGGACCCCUGCAGUCACACUCCAGGUCACUGUAUCGAGCCGGGAGACCCUCCUCUACUGCAGAAGCCCCUGCAGACAUCCAAGUCCGGCAUCCAGCAGAUCAUUGAAUGCUUCCAAUCAGGUACCAGUGAGCUGAAGCAGAUGCUAUUGAGGGAGGUGGACACCAUCUUUGAGUGCAAACUCUGCCGCAGCCUCUUCAGGGGACUGCCCAACCUCAUCACGCACAGAGAGUACUACUGCAUCAGCAGCCAGCCGCCCGACGCAGAUGGCGACGACGGGCACAGCGUGGCGGUGAAGGAGCUGGUCCAGGCCCUGUACCCCAGGAAGGAGCAUCCCGACCAGGUGGUCCGCCUGGAGCCCAUCGGGACCAGCACCAAGGCCGUGUUCCAGUACCUCACCACCGAGGAGGAGCUGGCCUGCAGCCGACACAACCCGGGCUCAUGGGUUGGCGAGCAGCCCGAGGAGGAGGAGGAGGAGGAAGAAGAGAUGGAGGAGGAAGAGGAGGAGGAGGAGGAGCAGGAGCAACAGACCUGUGAGCCCGAGAGCCGCAGCGGCAAGCAGUCCCCGGGACCCCCCGCGGCCCCCAAGAGGAGAGCGGAGCCCGAGAAGGACGCGCCGAAGGCGGCUAGGGAGGACCCGCCUCCCGCGGCCGAUGAGGACAGCUCCCACAGCGGGGUGGAGGACGUGACCAUCUCCUGCUGUCUGUGCGGCAAGGACUUCAACUCCCGCCGCAGCAUCCGCCGCCACUGCCGCAAGAUGCACCAGAGCAAGCUGGAGGAGCUGCGCAAGUUCACCGAGACGCGCACCAUCCCCUUCAGCCUGGUCUCCGUGGUCAAAGGUCGCCCCAAGACCCUGGCCUCGCCCGUGGGCGCCAAGUCCUGCCCCGUGUGCAAGAAGAACUUUGCCACCAAGGCCAACGUGCGGCGCCACUUCGACGAGGUGCACCGCGGGCUCCGCCGCGACCUCAUCACGCCGGAGAACGCCACGCGGCCGGGCCACCUCCUCUCCCUGGAGGACACGCCCCCCCGGAAGCCGGGCGCGGCCGUGACACCGCCGCGCGUCGCCAGCCCCAAGCCCGCCGCGCAGAACCCUAAAAGCUCCGGCGCCGCCAGCAGCAGCAGCAGCAGCACCCCCGCCGCUCAGAGCCACGGCCGGUCCCGGACCCCCAACCAGACGCGGGCCAGAGCGCAGAAGGCCCACAAGCAGCAGCAGGCGGCGGCGGCGGCGGCGGCGGCGCCCACCCAGCAGUACAGCAUCUCGUCCUGCCGCUGCAUGCGCUGCAAGAAGACCUACAGCUCUCAGGUGAUGCUGAAGAGGCACAUGCGCAUCGUCCACAAGGUGUCGGUCUUCAAGAAGAGCCGGGGCUCCAAGCUGACGCGGUCGCAGCGCACCAACGCCAAGACCUCGGCCGCGCCCGCCACCGCCAACCGAGUCCACGUGAAGGAGGAGGCCAGGGAGAGCUCGGAGGAGGAGGAGGAAGAGGAGGAGGAGGAGGCGGAAGCAGAGGAGGAGGAGGAGGAGGAGGAGGCCGCCGAGGAGGAGGAGGAGGAGGAGGAGGAAGAAGCGCAGGUGGAGGAGGAGAAAGUACGCAGCCGUUCCACCCCGCCCCCCGGCGUCAGCCACGAGAAGAACCCCCGCGAUGCCCCCGCCGCCUCCGCCGCCAGCGGGCGGGUCAAGAACGAGGAGGAGACUCCCUCCUUCCCGGCCGACUCCUCCUCCUCCCCCUUGGCGCCGGCGGGCGGCCGCGAGCCCCCCGUGGCCGGCGCCAAGGGGGGCCGUGCGCCGCGGCUGUCGGUGGGCUUCGACUUCAAGCAGCUGUUCUGCAAGCUGUGCAAGCGGCAGUUCAGCUCGCGGCAGAACCUCACCAAGCACAUCGAGCUGCACACGGACGGCAACGAGAUCUUCAUCAAGUUCUACCGCUGCCCGCUGUGCCGCUACGAGUCGCGGCGCAAGCGCGACGUGCUGCGCCACGUCACGGUGGUGCACAAGCAGCCCUCGGCCUACCUCGCCAAGAUCGUCCCCAAGCUGGAGAGCCGGGCGGUGAAGCGGCCCGCCGAGGUGGUGCUGACCAACACCACCAAGAGGCCGGGCGGAGCUGCUGCGGCCGGCGGCAAGAGCGGCGUCAACGGGCGCCACGCGGCGUCGUCCUCCUCCUCGGCGGCGUCGUCCAACGCCGCGCCUCAGCCCCGCCCGCCCUCGCCGCCCGUCACCCGCAAGCAGGACCAGCUGUCGGCGGCGGCACCGCCCCCCGUCCGGAGGCAGCUGGAUCUGUCGCCGGCGGCGGCGGCGGCGGCGGCGUGCGCCCCGGCCCCGCCCGUCACGCGGACCCAGGACCGCCAGCAGCAGCGGCGGCCGUCCACUCCGCCGCUGACGCGCCAGAGCGACAAGGGCGGCCACCCCGACCACGGCCACGCCCCCUCCUCGGCCGGCUCCGCCUCCCGGAGCAACGACGCCCCCUCGGAGAGCGGCAGCACGGGCUCGACCUCCACCGAGGUCAAGGUCACGCAGAACUUCUCGCUGCACGCCUGCGACCAGUGCGGGCGCGCCUUCGCCAAAAAGCUGUUCCUGGAGAGCCACAAACGCAGCCACCGUAACGCGGCGGCCGUGGCCACCAGGGCGGCGAGCGUGGGGCAGCCGGAGAGCCGGAGGAAGGGGGUCAGCACGCGCUCCAAGUCCCUGCUCUGCUGAACCCGGGACCUGGAAGUGACAUCACAAAACGAGCCAUUUAAGAAAUCACAAUGAAGGAGUUCCAAGAGACGCUGCGCAGGAAAUUAAGACAACUGUGAGGGGAGAGAGUGGACGGAGGGGGGCUGAACCAGGACUCAUCCCGGAGGACCAAAUGCACACACCCAGUCCACAUUCCCUUUGGAUGGACGGAGCCGGAACUGGAGGACCACUGGAACGUGUGGGGCGCCCCCUAACUGCGGGGAGGUGUCCACACGGGCUCUGUGGGCGAGCUGCUUUCUGGGCGGCGACCUGCGCCCAGAGGACCACCGCAGUACAUUAUAUAUAGAUAACGUAUAUAGACAGCCGAUUUCUACUACUACUUCUACUACUUCUACUUCUACGACUGCUACACAUGGUCUUUAAACCCUAUAGAGGAACCGAGGAGGACACAAGUACGCAUAUUGGUGCGUGUUAUUAUAUCAAUAUGGACGUUGUGACGCACAAUGCACAGAGAAAAAAAGAAAAUGCAUAUGGUCGCUUCCUGGCUGCGUCCCGGAAACGAAAAUAUCGAUUUUCUUUCUUUUUUUUUUUAAUACUUAUUCCCGAGGUGAUGCUCGGUUAAUUUUUGUUUCGAUGAAGUCUCCCCCAACGGUGAGCCCAACCUCUUGAAGAACAUCAUCACGGGUUAGGAGCUCACACAGACUGUAGCCUGUGUGGGUGUCGCCCUCCUUCGAAAAAACAUAUGUUUCCGAACCCUCACGCUUUUGGAGAGACGCCCGAUCCAUACGGGAGGUGUCCUCGGCAGGGUGGGGGUCGACCUAUCUGGACUCCUCGCCUGUUCCACGCUCUCUCGGCAGAGCGAAGCGCUAAACGAUUCCAACUGUUUGUUCUAUUCGAGUACUUAACCACAUCCGGGACUCAAGCCAAGCUUUUUUUUGUUUUGUAUAAAUUGUCCGUUCAGGCCCGGCCACUAAACACCGGUGUCUGCAAUACCGGCGUCCUUCUGCUGGGAACCCUGUUCAACGCCGGGGUUUGUUUUGAGGGCUCGCACUAAACUGAUGAUCUUAAAGGGAUACACGCCAAACUGGCGUUCCUCUACGGACCAACACAGCGUUGUGUCGUCAGACCAACGAACCACAUGGGUGUACUUCUGGAAGACCCAUGCAAAAGAUGGGCUCUUCUUUUUUUAUUAAGGAACUGUUCAUGGGUCUUUUCUUGGGACCCAUGCAUCUCUGUUGUCCCUCCUUAGUUCCCACAGCAUUGGUUUCAUUUUGAGGACCCAUGCAGGGCUGUUGUCCCUUUUUAGUUUACACACAACAUAAGUGUCAUUUUGAGGACCCAUCCAACACUGAUGUCCUUGGUUUAGGACGUAUUUGAGGACACGUUUGAAACCGCCUCUACAGUAAGGUAAACCCAGUCCGUAUUACAUGGAUAAGGCCAUAGUACAAUGGUUAACAUAUUGCCUAAAUCCCGCUGGACAGAAAUAUUAUCAGUAUACCUUUUUUUUUUCAAAGGCACAGUAAACCACACUUAACUAAGGUGCAAUGAAAUUAGUUACAUUUCCCUGAUGUAGAUGAAAUAUUUGCUCUUUUUUUAAUUCUAUUCGAUUUUAUAAGUAUCGAUUCAGUUUAAAAUCAAUUUACCACUUGGUUAUCAUUUUUAAUGGUUAGUUUAAAUGGCCGUAGCGAUGUUUUUUAACACAACGUCAGGGGGGGGGAAUCGGGGAUUACACAAUGAUCAAACAUCACUCAACGUGUCCGACCUCUUGCAUCAUGUGGCCCUUCGGCUGGCUCCUCAGUUAGCAUCAAUGUGGGAGAAAGCCAUUCACUGUACGCCAGGGCAAGGGGUUCCACUCCCAGCGCGUUCAGAGGCUGCGUGCCAAGGGCUCCGCGGCGGAGAAGUUUGUGCAAUGCAAAAAUUCCAGUGCAUUGCACAACCCAAACAAAAAGGGCGCUUGCCUGGAAACUAAACAUUUUGUAACUUUCGUUUGGUUUAGUUUUUUUGGGGGGGGGGGGGUUUGGAGAAAUCCUUACUCAGCAGUCAUUCAUCAAUUUGCUCCGUUUGUUGUCGUUCCCUCCCUCCAGCUCCACUCGUGCUAACACUAAUAGUGCCACAGCCAGCAGUUCCUCAAACCCUCCUACCGACCACUGGGUCGGUUUACAACCCCGUAAGCCCCGCGCGGUCACGCUCACGACACUUGAAUGUACAGUUACUGCGCCGACUGUCUACACUCGUUGCCUCAGUGGUGUGUCGAGGUGUGUGCGGCGUUUUGGGGGCGGUGGGGGAGGUCAAAAUCCAUCACUGGGAUCCGGUCACUAGUCCCACGGAACGACGUUUAGUUUAGGCUAUGAACUUCGCUUCGCUUCGGGGGUCGAUGCUUAUUUAACCCCUCCCUUUUGAAUGCUGCAACUUACAUGAAAUGGUUCCCCUGUUUACGCGGAAAAAAAUUGGUGUGUCUGUCUGUCAAAGAUUAGUGUGUUUAACUAACGUUUACGGGAUUCCGCUCGCUCUAAAUGAUUUCUGUCACCGACUCGUCGUGUAUCGAGAUAUAUAUAUAUACAUAUACACAGACAUGCGUUCAGUUGAGUCUUCUGCUCUUUUUAAGUUAUCCGGGGCGCGUCGGUCGUUGGCGAGGCGACGGGCACGUCCUCUAUGGUAGUCUUUGAGAAACACUGGCACGUUGUGGAGAUGAAGAACACUGCGCAGAUCAAGGUCCACCUUUUGAUGAACCCACUGAAGACCCGAAUCGGCAGUCGGCUCGCUUCAGUGAGAAAGCCAUGAAACUGGAUUAGCUGAAACCCUAUAGAUAUAUAUAGAUGCAUAUAUAUAUGACCAAAAUGUAUUUUUUAAUAACCGCUUUUGUUGUGGGAUAUCAAAUGGCGCAGAUGUAGAUUGCUUUGUCCCUUUUGUGUAGAUGGUAUAAGAAGAGAGGUAUAUUUGCUGAAGGAGAGGAUACAGUGUUUGAAGCCUUGUACAGUAGAUCAGACACUGAGGAUGGUUGUCGGUUUCUUCGUCGGCCUCAAACAAACGUUCCCGUCGUCUGACCGCCUGACCCUGUUGUUUUUCCAUCGUUUCACACACGUUGACAUUUCAUGAUUUGGUUCUUUACGAGGAAUUUUCUUUUUGUUUUUGUGCGCAUUGUGGCACUUUGUCAGAAGAUGAAACCUCAUGAAUUUGUGUUUGGACUUGCUUUCUGUUUCUACUCAUGUCAUUCCGCUUCUAGACAUUCUCCGGGUCCGUCGCUGGCACACAAUACGACAAGAGUUAGCCUUUCAGUUGUGACAAGAAUGUAAAACCUGCCACUUAUUGAAAUAAAUAAAGUUUUGCUUUUCAAAAGCAUUUAAUGCCGA